AUACCCAGAAAUCCAAAAGCCGACACCCGAGGCCGGCACAAAUAUCGUCUGGUGACGAACGGUUGGUUUCUGAUUAGUGCAGUAAAGUUGUGUUGGAUCGACUGAAUUAAAGGACCCGUACGUAACCGCGUCGCGAUUUAGGCACGCCUAAUUUAGUAAGAAAUAAUCACCAGAAAUAAUGUGUUCAACUUAGUGAUAAAACAGACUUUUAGAUAUUAACGGCUAAUUCAAAAAUCGUUCGGUUUUGAUAUCUAUGAUCGUAUUAUCCCAAAGUUAACUGGGAACUAUCUGUCGCAACUGGAAUUUAGUUCUAUGAUAAAUCUGUGAUUUGCCAGAUUUCCACUGAAUAACGUAAUAUAAACAGGAUCGAUAAAAAGGAUAAAAAUGGCACAACUAGUCACAAGUGUGAUAGACAAAUAUCACGAUAUAUUACAAAAUAAAAGUGAUCCUCGGGUCAAAGAUUGGGCGAUGAUGUCCAGUCCUCUACCUACACUAUUCAUCUGCCUCUUCUAUGCGUAUUUUUCUAGAGUUUUAGGGCCCAAAGUAAUGGAAAAUAGAAAACCAUUCAACCUUAGGAAACUUUUAAUUGUUUACAAUUUGGUACAAACCUUGUUUAGUACAUGGAUAUUUUAUGAAUAUUUAAUGAGUGGAUGGUGGGGUAGUUAUAGUUUCAGAUGCCAGCCUGUUGAUUAUUCUAAUGAUCCUAUGGCUUUAAGGAUGGCCAGAACGUGCUGGUGGUACUACUUUUCAAAAUUUACGGAAUUUUUUGAUACCCUGUUCUUUAUUUUACGAAAGAAAAACAGCCAUGUAUCAACGUUACACGUCAUUCACCAUGGAUGCAUGCCUUUUUCUGUUUGGAUGGGUAUGAAGUUUGCUCCAGGUGGUCACAGUACCUUUUUCGCCCUUCUCAACACUUUCGUUCAUAUCGUCAUGUAUUUUUACUAUAUGAUAGCCGCGUUGGGACCUGAAUACCAAAAAUACAUCUGGUGGAAGAAAUACCUCACUGCCUUCCAAAUGACCCAAUUUGUCGCAAUAUUUGCUCACCAGUUCCAGCUCUUGUUUACCGAAUGCGACUAUCCUAAAUCGUUCAUGAUUUGGAUCGCCAUUCACGGUCUUAUGUUCUUGUUCUUGUUCUCGGACUUUUACAAGGUCAGCUACUCGGGUGAUAAAAAGAAGAAGAAGACUCCAGACGGUGCCUGUAUGCCAGUGGAAGAUUAUGCUAACGCAGCACCUCUUAGGAAAUCAGAUAGUAAUGGGACAUUGAACAACACUUAUUUACAAAGUGAAUUCUCGGAUUCAUACAAAGCAUGCUACUCGAACGGCAGCACAAAGGGUUUUGUCACACAAUCUAUCGAGAAGCCACAAAACACUAAGAAAAUUGAAUAGACUUAAGACAAUCUUUAUAAGUAAUAAUUUAUUUUUUAAAGACGAAAUUUUUACAAUCUACCUUUCUAGGCUUGGAGAGCAAUAUCUUUUUAUCUGUCUAUUUAUAUCGCAUCAUAAUUGUUUUAGAUUAUUUGGAUUUUCAAUGUCUUAAAAACUAAGUAUAAGAAAUAGAUAGGUAUAUGUAUUUAAAUAUAUUUUAUCUCCUACGGUGAUCCAAUAUCUAGAGUGUUGCAUUAUGCUACCUAGCAAUAUUUUUACUAUCUAGAUAUUUGAUCACUAAUAAUAUUAGCUCUUGCAACCUUUCAGGUGGUACGAAUGAAACUUUUUUACACAGACAUUUCGUUUUUUUUGUAUUACUUGAAAUGGUUCUUGGGAGGGCUGUGAUUUAGUUGUAAAAUAUUGUAUAAUAUUGUUGCAGUAAUGAUAGGUUUAUUAGAUUUAAUGUUAAAGCUCUGAGGAGGUAAAAUCUAUUACAAAUUGAAUAUAUUUACAAGAUAAUCUGUUAAAGGGUACAAUUAUUUGGUUAUUUUUACAGAAUGUAUUUAAGCUCUUUCAAAGAAAUUCAAAAUAGGUUAUGUACUGUUUACUUUAAAAAGCUUGUCUUGUAGAUUUUUGCUUGAUCAGUUUGUACAAUAGUUAGAUUGCUAAAUACAGAGUGACCCAAAACCUUCCAAAAAGCUCUUUCUAUAUCAUGUUUCUGGUUUAAAAUGUUUACUAUCUUUUUAAGAAAAAAUGCAGGCAAUGGUAUAGCACAUUUUAAAAAUAUUUUUGUAAUUAUACCGGGUGACUGAAUUAGGUAUAUUUUCAAGCUAAAGUUGGAUUUUUUAAAAGGGAAUUAUGUUUUUAAAUGAAAUGCAUUAUGUUUGAAUCAUCCUUGUAUAGACAAAAUAUAUUUAAAAUGUGCGUGCAUAUUUUAUAUGAAAGAUUAGAGACAACAUUUCAAACCAGGCACCUUAUUUGGAGCUUUUUUUGGAAUGUUUACCCUGUAUGAUCUAAAAAUUAUAAUUACCUAUACCUACUGUGUCGAUGCGUAAUAGUAAUUCUCAGUUCAGUCCUAUAAUUUUUUAACACUUUUCUAUAUAUGAAUUAAUAUCAAAACUAAGAUAAAUUGAAACAAAAUGUUUAACCUUUAUCAUACAGCUUUAUACUAUAGUAGAUAUAAUUGUAUUUUUCUCAGUAAAACAAAAAUCUACGAACUCUAUUGUUUCACUGCUUGCACGGAAAUAAAUAGUAAAUAGGCGGCAGUGAAUAUUUUGCAUGUUUGAUUAAGGAUCUUUAUACUUGUAAAUACGGUUUAUGUUGUCAGCUGAAGGGACCAUAGUGUUUCAUAAUUUGCUUUUGCAGUAUUUUUUUAUUCUGUGAAACCAUUAGUGCCUAACAUUGCAGAAUAAAUCUUAUAUAAAAACUUUAAGAAGAGGGCGGGAUGAUUUUAAGGUUUUUAUUAUUUCAGAUAUACACUGUAUGUUAAAAUUAAUAAUUGUGAGAUAUUUAAAAAAUCAGAACAUUUUCUGAACUUUGUUUUGGAAAAGGGUGGUUCUUGGAAGAAUCACAACCAGUCAGCACUAUGUACAUGUAUGCAAUACAAAUUUGAAAACUACUUAUUCAUUUCAAAAUCUGGUUGAGGCUGACUGGAAAGGAACAACGUGUUUGUGAAAUAACAUUUUCUUUUAAAAAUAAAUUAAUAAUAAAUCUAAUAAAAAUUCGAGUCUUGUCAUCGAAUUAGUAAGGAGAUAUUUUUAAUUUAGUAUUAUAAUUUAUUUUUAGAGGAAAUUUUAUUUUAAUCUUGACAAGAAUGUACGUUUAGUAUUAAAUAUUUGAACAGUAUCAAUGACUUAUUUGGGUAUUUAUUAUAAACAGAAACUGGCUUUUAAUAGAUUUUUUACAGUUUUGGUAAUAUAUAUUAUAUCAAUAAACGUUUUUAGCUUUACCAACGUCUAUUGUUGCAAUUUAUUUUGUUGGCAUUUACUUAGUACUUAUUAAAUGAAAAUAUUUUGUAUCUAAAUUGUAUUAGCUUUAUAAAUAGUUGCUAAGUAUAUUUGGUGUUUUGUUAUCACUUAUUAAAGAUAAUGUGUAUUUA